AACCUUACUCCGAACAUACAUACUUUGCCACUUUGCUUUGCUUUCCUCUUUGUUUUCCCUUCCUUUCUUCUCUCUCUCUGUUUGCUCAGAAGAACCCAACCUUUUUGCUUCACAGCGACAAAAGAAAUAAAAUUAGGGUUUUAUUCGAUCUUUACUCUUCAGCCAUUUGAUUAGUUUCCCUCCCAGAUUUCAAAAAGUACAGCCAUUUGUGCUUUUAAAAAAACUCUGCUUUGCGGUCUUUUAAUCCUCUGCAAUUCACUUGCUUGUUUGUUUAAUUUCCCAAUUCCCAUCUGGGUUCUCCUCAAUUGAAGUGCGUUGUCUCCCAGAAAUCUCUGUUCUUCAUGUUUGGGCCACAUUUCUUGAAAACCCAAUUGUGAUUGUUGAAGUUAAAUUAGGGUUUCGAACGUAAGAAGUGAGAGAAUGGCCAAGAGAUCUUCUUUGGGUGGCAUGAUGCGGAAGAAGCUAACCGACAUCACUAAUUUGCAGACUGCGAAAGCUAUUAGCCAAGAUGAAAAGCCCCCAGAAGAUUGUCCUACUGAUAAGGACUACAUUGACCAGCUCAUGAGGGAAAGAAUGACUUUGAUGAGACUUGUCGCGGAAAGGAAUAAAAUCGUUGAAUUAAGUGGAGCUGAGUUGCAGAAACUGCGGAUUAGUCUUCAGAAAUUGCAGCAACAAAAUUUGAAUCUUGCUCAAUCAAACAGCCGGAUGUUAGCGGAGCUUAAUUUAGGAAGAGAAAAGGUAAAAACACUACAGCAUGAACUUCUUUGCAAGGAUGCCUUACUUAAAGCGAAGAAUUUAGAAAUAGAGGGAAAAGCAGAGAAAUGUCAAAAUACUGUGUCUCAGGUAUCUAAGCUCAAGGAAGUAGAUGAGGCAGCUUUGCAUAAAGCUGAUAAUGAUGGUGAACCAUGUAAUGACAACAAAAGACGCGUCACAAGAAGUCGAUCAAUGGGGCCGUCUACUGCAUGCCCAAAGGUUGAGAAUAAAGAGAAGGUUGAAAAUAAAAGGCGGUGUUUGAGGAGGCAAUCUGCUAGGUUUAGGUCCCAGACAGAGAACUUAUUUGAGAUAGAGGAUGUCAAAUUUCCAGUCAGUCGCACACCAGACAAUCCAAUGCAUAAUAGUGGUCCCACUCCAUUGAUUUCAUCUACCAGUAAAGAAGAGAAAGAAAACUGUGCCCCAAGGAGAUCUUCAGUUGGAAGACCACCGCGCAAAGCAGCUGAGAAGGUUCAUUCCUACAAAGAAGUUCCUCUCAAUGUAAAAUUGCGUAGAGCAGAGUGAGCAGAAGAGCAGCAUCUGAAUUUUGAGAAUACCAGUGAGUUGAAAAGAGCUUGUAUAAUUCAAAAAAA